UCCCAGAGGCCCCCUCACCAGGAAGUGGUAUGCCGGAGAGGUCUCUGGUUUUGUUUUGACAAUGAUAGAGGAGGAAGAAUUUGAAUUUGCUGAGGAUUUGGAGGCUAUUUUGCACCUAACCCCGGAGGUGCAACUAGCCAUUGAGCAGGUUUUCCCCAGCCAAGACCCGCUGGACAGAGCAGACUUCAAUGCUGUGGAAUACAUCAACACACUGUUUCCCACCGAGCAGUCUUUGGCUAAUAUCGAUGAUGUGGUAAACAAGAUUCGUCUAAAGAUUCGGCGCCUGGAUGACAACAUCAGGACAGUGGUGAGAGGCCAGACCAACGUAGGCCAAGAUGGCAGACAGGCUUUGGAAGAGGCCCAGAUAGCCAUCCAGCAGCUCUUUGGCAAAAUCAAAGACAUCAAGGACAAAGCAGAGAAGUCUGAACAAAUGGUCAAGGAGAUUACGAGGGACAUAAAGCAGUUGGACCAUGCCAAGCGCCACCUCACUACAUCCAUCACCACCCUCAACCACCUGCACAUGUUGGCAGGGGGUGUUGACUCUUUAGAAGCCAUGACCAGAAAGAGGCAGUAUGGUGAGGUGGCCAACCUGCUGCAGGGAGUGGUCAAUGUGCUUGAACAUUUCCACAAGUACAUGGGCAUACCCCAGAUCAGACAGCUUUCUGAGAGAGUAAAGGCAGCGCAGAGUGAGUUGGGGACUCAGAUCCUGGCAGAUUUUGAAGAGGCCUUCCCCUCUCAGGGAUCCAAGAGACCAGGUGGCCCCAGCAAUGUGUUGAGAGAUGCCUGUCUGGUGGCCAAUGUGCUGGACCCACGCAUCAAACAGGAGAUCAUCAAAAAGUUUAUUAGGCAGCACCUCUCAGAGUACCUGGUAUUAUUCCAGGAAAACCAAGAUGUUGCAUGGCUGGACAAGAUCGAUCGCCGCUAUGCCUGGAUCAAACGGCAGCUGGUAGACUACGAGGAGAAGUAUGGACGCAUGUUUCCUGAGGAGUGGUGCAUGACAGAGCGUAUUGCUGUGGAGUUCUGCCACAUCACCAGGGUGGAACUCGCCAAAGUGAUGCGAACACGGGCUAAGGAAAUUGAGGUGAAGCUGCUGUUGUUUGCCAUUCAGAGGACCACAAACUUUGAGGGUCUUCUGGCCAAACGCUUCACAGGAUGCACCUUGACCGACAUACCUGGACAGAAGAGGCCAGAGAGCCCUCUGGAAUCCACUAACCCUUUCCUGGAGGAUGAGCCAGGUGAGGAUGGAGGCACAGAGAAGGACGAGGAUCUGGCUAAGCCCAGGAAGCCGAAAGCUCCAGACAACCCUUUCCAUGGCAUUGUUUCCAAGUGCUUUGAACCUCAUCUUUAUGUCUACAUAGAAUCCCAAGACAAGAACCUGGGAGAACUGAUUGACCGGUUUGUGGCUGACUUCCGAGCACAAGGCCCACCCAAGGCAGGCACGGAGGAGGGCGGAGCAGUGCUGCCCAGCUGUGCUGACCUCUUUGUCUAUUACAAGAAGUGCAUGGUGCAGUGCUCCCAACUGAGCACUGGAGAACCAAUGAUCGCCCUCACGACCAUCUUCCAGAAAUUCCUGAGAGAGUACGCCUGGAAGAUCCUCUCUGGCAACCUGCCUAAAUCCAGCAGCAACAGUGGAGGUCUUACCAUCAGCAGUCUGCUGAAGGAGAAAGAAGGCUCAGAAGCUGCUAAGUUCACCGUGGAUGAGCUCUGCCUGAUCUGUAGCAUCCUCAGUACUGCAGAGUACUGUUUGGCUACCACACAACAGUUGGAGGAGAAACUAAAGGAGAAGGUAGAUAAAGUCCUGGUGGAGAGAAUUAAUUUGACUGGGGAGAUGGAUACAUUCAGCACUGUGAUCUCAAACAGUAUCCAGCUGCUUGUUCAAGAUCUAGAUGCUGCCUGUGACCCUGCUCUCACUGCUAUGAGCAAGAUGCCGUGGCAGAGUGUGGAGCAUGUGGGUGACCAGAGUCCUUAUGUGACGUCAAUCAUCAUGCACAUUAAGCAAAACGUGCCUAUCAUCAGAGACAAUUUGGCCUCUACACGCAAAUACUUCACACAAUUCUGCAUCAAGUUCACAAAUUCUUUCAUUCCCAAAUUUAUCAACCACCUGUUCAGAUGUAAGCCUAUCAGCAUGGUGGGAGCUGAACAACUCCUACUUGACACUCACUCCUUGAAGACGGUCCUGCUGGAUCUGCCCUCCAUAGGCUCCCAAGUGCUCCGCAAGGCACCUGCCAGCUACACCAAGAUAGUGGUGAAAGGCAUGACCCGUGCAGAGAUGAUCCUUAAGGUGGUGAUGGCCCCACAUGAACCGCCAGUGGUGUUUGUUGAUAACUACAUCAAGCUCCUGGCUGAUGGCAAUCCUGAGACCUUCCAGAAGAUUCUGGACAUGAAGGGUCUUAAGCGCAGUGAACAGAGCAGUAUGCUGGAGCUCUUCAGGCAAAGGCUACCCACUCCACCUUCUGGGGCCGACGGCGGCCCCUCUCUGUCCUUCAGUACCCCGACCCCUGAGCAAGAGUCCUCCCGCAUCCGCAAGCUAGAGAAACUCAUCAAGAAGAGACUGUGAACACACACACACACACUGAAAUCGCAUCUUGAAAUCAAAAAGCCUGCAAGAUGAGAUGGUCUCUCUUGCCGGUUAUUCAUCUCAAAGACUUUAUUUUGCUCCAUUCGGUCAUGGAGAAUUACAGAAAGAGCAAAUAGUGGACUUGAAUUUUCUGACUGACAGUAAUAUGAACCCAAGCUGACGCUGGAUUAUGAAGAAACUUCCUCAACUGCUACUUGCCGAUGUUAUGUAUGUCAUAUACUUCUGUAAUUUCCCACCUUUUCUUUUCAUGACACUAAUGUUUGUGCUUUUAAACAUUAAUACAUUGUCGCGCAGUGUAUUUGCACUCAGAAGACCCAAACAUAGUGCUGUUAACUAAUUUCUGCUCAGAGAGCCUCUGGCUUUCUCCCUCGGACAUGUUUCAUUCAGGAUGAUUACAGGCGGUGUGUUUAAGUCUGAACAAAUUAGGAUAACCAUGGUUUUCCUAAGUUGUUUUAAUUUCAAGUCGGGGGGAUACCAGGUUGACAUUUUGUGUGCAUCUCUGCCAUCCAUUAAAGUGGACAUGCGUCAUAGGUGUCAGGAUUGUUUGUGUGUGAACGGUGGCCUAAAAUGAAUCUCGAGUCUCAAGUCCACAGUCUGGGACAAAGUGGAUCUUUGGAUUUCCUGCAUCUUCAGUCCGACAUGAGGUCGGCUUUGUCUUUAGCAUUUAAAAUCCCCCUAGGUUGACUUGGAAAUUAGAACCAGCUAGCUGAAGUCUUUUAACUUGGGCCGUUGCCGAGGAGGAGGAGGAGGAGGAGGAGGAGGAGGAGGGAGGGUCGGGGGCAUCAUGGGGUAUAUACUGUAUAUGUGUACACAUGUGUGCACUCAGUCCAAAGUAUUCUUUGAUAACUUAAUCCUCUGUGUCCUGUGCAUUGACAUGAAAACAAGAUUUUAUUUUAGCUGAAACUGCAAACUUCUUUAAAGGUUGGAAAAGAUGCAGAGACCCGACAAAAUGUCUCAGUACUUUGAUCUCCGUGUCUCUGAAGCUGCUCUGUCACAUACUCAGCAGUGUCAAAUACAGUACAUCACAGUCUGAAGAAGAAGAAGAAGAAGAAGAAGAAGAAGAAGAAGAAGAAGAAGAAGAAAAACCCAUUUGAAGCCAAUGCCUUGGUUAGAUCAAAUGUAACUGCAUUAGUGUACACAUUCCUGCCUUCAGGUACAAAAUGCUACUUAUUUGUAUUGUCUGCAUUGUAUGCUACACAGGCAGUUGUUAAACACUAUUAAAACAUUGCCACACA